AUGCAUCAGGCUGGCCACCAUCCCUGGCUUUCUGCAGCUGUGAACGGCUCAGCGGGGCAGGUGCCCCAGAGGCAGCUUCCGGAGGUGCUGGGCGGGACCUGGGAACCACCUCAAGGGGUCGGGCUGCCCCUGCUAACUGUCAUUGUCACUGCCUUUGUCUUGCUGGCAGUCUGUAUCGUGGUGGCAGUCCACUUUGGGCCAAGGCUACACAAGGGCCAUGCCACUCUCGCCACAGAGCCACCAUCCCCAAAGCCAGAGGGCGGCAUCUCUCUCACCCGCUGGCGAGUGCUGGGCCGUCAGGACAGUCACGAAGAUGCCCAGCAGGAACCUCCUGGCUCUGACUCCUGCCCUGUGCCAGAUGGGCCCAGGUUCAGCAUUGAUGAAGUCACAUUUCUGUAGGAGGGAGACUUUGGAAAGUUGGCCUGACCUGGCUCAGAACAAGAAACUGGACAGAGAAUUAGGGCAAAAGCAAAUUGGGGCCUGGGCAUCAGAGCUUCGGAAGGGCACACAUGGACUUAGCUGGAGCUGCCCUCUCAGCAGAGUAUUUAUACAGAAAGCCCUGUUGUGGACCAAAAAAUAAAAGA